CAAAAGUCAAAAUACGUAACGGUUUUUGACAUUAUUGAAAACCGGUAGGUCAUUAAGUUAAGAAAAUAUUGUAUUUUAUAUGAAUUUUCUAUUUGAAGCGUAUGUACAGCUCGCUUUCACAAACAUUAGAUAGGCUAUUAAAUUCGAAUAAGUAUUCUAAUUUUCAUUUCUUAGUUUAAUAAAAUAUGGUUAAUAAAAGACGCCGUUUGGUAUCUAGUGAUAAAAACGAUCAUGUUCCUAAAGCUAAAAGAGCCAAAUUUACAUUAGAAAGUGUUCGAUUACCAGAAUUAAAUGUACAGGGUACAGUAUUAGUCACAGGGGCUGGAGAUGUUGGACAAUUAGGUUUGGGUCCAGAUGUUUUAGAGAAAAAACGUCCAGUCGCUGUUGAAUUAGACUGUAAGAUUGUGGAUAUAUGUGCAGGAGGUAUGCACACUGUUUGUUUAAGUAGUGAAGGAAAGGUUUUUACAUUCGGUUGUAAUGAUGAAGGUGCUUUAGGUAGAGUGACGGAAGGUAAAGAAGAUGCUGAAUUUGAGGCAGGAGAAGUAGAACUACCUGGUAAAGUUGUACAAAUAUCAGCUGGAGAUUCUCAUACAGCUGCUUUAUUAGAAGAUGGACGUGUCUUUGCUUGGGGCACUUUUAGGGAUUCACAUGGAAACAUGGGAAUGACAUUGAAUGGCAAUGAAAAAUUCCCUUUUGAAAUUAUAAAAGAUGUUGUCAUUAAAAAGAUAGCGUCAGGUGCAGACCACAUAGUAUUUCUUACCAAUCACGGAGAGGUAUAUACUUGUGGUUGUCCAGAACAAGGACAAUUAGGAAGGACAACUGAAAGAGGAAGCAGUAGAAAUGCUAGGAGUGGAAUUGGUAAGGGGCAAUUAGCUAAGCUUUUGGAUCCGUUACCAAUUAAUUUAAAACCAAGUUUAAAACUUCAUUUUGACAAUAUAUGGGCAUCUAAUUAUGGAACAUUCUGUAAAGUAGCCAAUAGUGAAGAUAUUUAUGUAUUUGGACUGAAUAACUACUAUCAAUUAGGUUUGAAACAGCCUGUUCCUUAUUUCACACCGACCUUAUCCAAAGACUUCUCCAAACAUAAUUGGCAUACAAUAAGUAGUGGCCAACAUCACACAAUAGCAUUAGACUUAGACGGAAAUGUUUAUGCUAUAGGCAGAAAAGAUUACGGAAGGUUAGGUUUGGGGAAAGGAUGCGAAGAUGCAGAUGAAUUGAAAAUUGUUAACACUUUAUCAGGAAAGAAGAUAAUCAAUGUAGCAUGUGGAUCUGCUACAUCAUUUGCAGUUUCUGAAGAAGGUGAUUUAUUUGGUUGGGGAAUGGGUACUAACGGCCAACUAGGAACAGGCGAAGAAGAUGACUGCGAAGAACCCACCAUUAUAAAAAGUAAACAGUUACAAGAUAAAAAAGUGUUUAGAGUUAGUAGCGGAGGGCAACAUACAGUAAUUUUAGCUGCAAAAAAUGAGGCUAAUGGACAUGGAGACGUUUGAAAAUAAAUUUAAUAUUCCGAAAAAUAACGCGGUGACUGCCAACGUCUUGGUAUAAUAUAAUUAAUAGAAGUACAAAUUUUUCAAGUACAUAGUUAAAUCUUAAAUUUGAUUUUUUUAGAUAUUUUUUCAUACGUGACGUAGUAGUAGGCGCAGUUAUUUUCCAGAAUUAUUUUGACAUUGUGUUCAGGUUUGAUGGUAAUUUAUGGGAGAAAUAGUUACAAAAAGUAGAAUUAUUGAAAGUAUUUUUUUUAAAAUUGCAUAAAUUUGUAAUAAUAAUGUAGUAAAAAAUGUAACAUGUAACAUAAAUCAAAAUUUAGAAUAUUUUUUUUAUAACUGACAAAAGUUUUAUCCAAGACAUACAGGGUGCUUCCAAAUGUUGAUAAUGCCGAUUUUCUCGUUUUUUUGUACAUUUUUUUAACUAUUUUAUCCAUCAUAAUUAGUUGAUUUAUUUAGUUUAAAAUUAGUUCUAAAUGUUUUAUUUCAGAAUUUGUUUUGUUCAUAAUUUACGUUCAAUUUUUUGUGAUUUUUUGGUCUUUUUCUUGACUUCUGAUGAUAAUGUGCAUAGUACUAACAAUUAUAAAACCCUGAAACUAACAACAGUGAUUAAAAAAAUUUAUUUGGUCUUAUACACUUAACUGUGUCAAUUAAGUAAUAAACUAUUCUAAAACAAAAUGUAAAAACAUGUUUCAUAUAAUAAAUUAUCCAAACUUCCAAGAGAAAAUGUUGAUAAAUAUGCCCUUAUUGGUUCCCAAAUUAAUAGACACCAAUAAAAUUUGUGUAUAAUAGAUUAAAUUUUAUUUUACAUAACAUAACAAUAAAACUUAUCACACAUGUAUAUAGUCUACACUUUAUUUCUAAAGUACUAAAUAAUUUUUCAAGUAGUUCAUUGCAAAAUAAUUUAGGUUCAAUUAUUCAAUUCACUUACAACAUGAUUAUAGAAUAUUUUUACAAAAUAGUCUGCGUUCUGAUUCACAAUUACAAAAAAAUUAUGAAUAAUAUUAUUAGAAACUUUCUAAAUAGUUUGUUGCAAUAUAGUCUAUGUUCGAUUUCUCAAUUACAAUAAAAUUUAUCACAAAUGUUCUCAGAACCUCUCUUGCAAGGUUAAGAAUAAUAGAAGGUUGGUGGCAAUAACAAGAUGCGCAGUAGACCAGUGACAUCACCGGUUCUUCUUCAAUUUAGUCUCAAUAAAGUCGUUAGUUAGAAAUAUAUUCGUUUAUAUAGCCAAAUCAGCAAGAGAUAACACACAUCCUCAUAACUCGAACAUAAUGUUAGAGAGGUUCUGUUUGUCAUAAAAAUAUGAACAAAACAAAAAUGUAAACAUAUUGACGUAGCUGGUGUUCUAGCAGCUGAUCGUUUGUUUAUAAAAACAUGCGGAUGUCACCAAUCUUCUAUUAUUCUAGUAACAUUGGUCUCUUGCGACCAAAGUUUUUGCUGAUUCCCAAUAUUUUGUUUACUUCUGUCUUAUUUGUUGAUUAAAUCGAUUUUUUUCGUUUCGUUCGAUUUCAAUAUCCGCUUCAAGUUUCUCUAUCAAUUUCGAUAGCCUCUCAAUUCGAAUUCGUUUUGUUUAGAUCUUCAAUCAUCUUGUGCUCCAAAUAGUUGAAGCGUUCUAACGGGCUCAAUAGUUGUAGCUUUAAUCUUCUGUUACCUUACCAUAUAUCUUCGAACGGCUGAUUGAUAUAAUUUUUUUUACCUUUUGUUCCAAAAAAUUGUAAUCCCAGUUAUACAUCGUUUUGCUCGAGUUUGUAUUACCAAAAUAGAAUGUCGUAGCCUCUGAUACUGAAUCUUACCGAAGAUAUUUCAGUGCGUGCUCUUUUGAUUUCUUUGCCAACCUUCUAACUAUGACUCCUCGUCCGUAUCUUUGUAACAUUUCUGGAACUCACAGUUUUUACAGAUUUUCAAUAUCUGUAUCUGCUUCAAGUUUCUCGAUCAAUUUUGACAGCUACUCAAUUCGGAAUUCGUUUUGUUUCAAUCUCCAAUCAAAGAUUUGUUAAGUGUUUUAACGUGCUCAAUGGAUGUAGCUUCAUUCUUUAGUUACCUUACCAGAUAUCUUCGAAUGGUUGAUUGACAUAAUUUUUCUUACUUUCUCUUUAUUCUACCUAUGAGCCAACCAAUCUUGAACGUGUUUUGGUAUAACAAUUUCCGCAAUAUUUUGUUUCAAACUCGAAUUUGUAUUACGAAAUUAGCCUUUAAUACUGAAUCCUCUUGAGCCACCCACGAACAAAUUUUUGUAAUGCUUCUCUAAGCACGUGUUUUAAGAAUUCUUCAGCCUUUUAACUAUGACUCUUCUUCUGUAUCGUUGUAUUAGAGAUGUCGAUUUUCGAUUUUCAAAUAUUUCUUUCUGCAGAUAAACAUCCAUACAGUCUGCAUCAUAAUACAACACUCUUACAGUUCAUCUGCUCCAAGUUUUUCUAACUAAGCCGCUUAGCCGGCUCAUAAGAAUAUCAUCGUCUGGCCAAACAGGGAACUUUGAUGCAUUUUUUAAAAAUAACUUAACAAAUUUUUUUUACUAUCAUCUAUUUUUACAAAACACUCGAUGACAAUAAAAGCAAUCAAUAUACGUCCAACUACUAGGGAAACAUUCCGAAGAUAGCUAGAUAGUUUCACGUACACUGCAAGCUCGGAGCUAUAGGGCAAUUCUCUUCGGCUCGUAUUCAAAUGCCGCUUUCGAAUCGUUCGGUUUUAUACAAUGCACGUAAUUUGGAAUUGUGGCGUUUAGGGUAUUCAUAAGUUUAUUAAGGGAAUCUCUAAAUUGUGAACAAUCUGACUGUUUACGUAUUUUCUGCGCACUCAGUAUCAGUUUGGCUGAAAUAAUUUUGAGCUUAGUUCUUGGGAGUGCCAAUUUCUGAGUUUCAGGAUUAACUAAUUCAUUUGUGCUACAUCUUAUUACAUUUAUCUGUUCUUCUGUUAGAGUAUCUCUAUUUUUCUCUAAAAACCCGUUACUUUCAUAUUGUACUUUGUCAGCAAAAUGAUUGACUUCAAAACGAGGUUUGCUAAAAUGUAGAUAAUUUGAAGAUUUGCCAUACAGUUUUUCAGUCCAAGAAGAGUCUGUACCAUGCGGCAUCUUAACAUUCUUCGUCUAAUGAUUCUAAAAUUCUCAAUUUUGCUACGAUCAGUUCUAUGCAGGGUUUGUUAUUGUAAAUUCCAAAAAUCUUCCAUUCUAUUCCUUCCCUAAUAUAUUUUUGUUCCAAUUUAUAAACGUGGAAAUUUAAUUGUGGCUGCAUUUUUUCGUUUGCGUAAUUUAUAUAGGAUUGAUACGAAAUCAUUUUGAAUCCAAUGCACCGAUAAAUCGACGAACUUCCGAUUCUAAAGUUCUAUUUAUCAUAAAUUAAAUAACGCUGAGUAAAUAUGUUUUGCCAGGACGUCUCUAGCUGUGGUAGCGUCUUGAAUUGAAGAAAACAUCUCGAAUUGAAAUAAAUUUUCUUAUGCUUAAUCACUGCCGCAUUUCUUCUCCCAUAUCAUGAAUAGAAAUGCUCCCUCUUGACUAAAUUCUAUAUUUGUAAUUAUAUAAUCAGCAAAAUCGAUGUUACCAAUAUGUAUUAUGGAAGCAAUAAUUCUAAACAUAUUGUCUUGUUCCUUGUCUGAAAAUCCUAAUAUAUUUGAAGCUUUCAUAGCUGCUUCUAAUUUUCUGAAAUCGUCGACGCCUGAGAAAAAUUUUAUCAUUAAAUAUUAUUCUUAUAUUAAGAAAUUUGGUUUUUAAAGAUUUAUAGCUGUUUAGGUGAAAGCUGUUACUGCUAUUACUUUCUGGAUAACCCUCGUAUUAUUAUUUUCUUUAAAAUUUCUUUCGCCAGUUGAAAAAAUUGUUCAAAUCACAAGGGGGAUGACCAGAAAAUGAAUGGAUGCAAUUUUUUUUAUUAUAUUACGAGUACCAAAAAAAUUAAUAAUGAAAAACUUUUUACGCGAGAGGUUGUAGUUAUAUGCUUCUCGGUUUAGUUUGUGUAUAACAAUUCAAGGAAAAUAAUAAAAUUAACGUGUUUUUAUUUAAAUUCUGUUCUUUUUAGAAUAGUUAUGGAAAAAAUGAGGAAAAGUAAGAAAUUUUGUCUUCCACAGUAUCGCAACGUUGUUAAAAUAUGAACAUUGAGUGAAAUUUUCAAUUAUUUUCGUUUCAUUGUUGUCUAAUUUUCUAAUAAGGUAACUGAGGAAUAAAGUUGGUGAAAUAUGUGAUAAUUUCUUUCAUCGGGUGCUAGAAAAACUACUAGACUUUUCUAAAAUAAAUACGUAUCGAAGCUCCUAUUAUGUGGAAUUGUCUAAUAAAUUGAAGUUCUAUGAAUUUUCCGAAACUUGAACUGUUAUCUAUUCUCGUUAUCUUUACAUUAUAAAUUGUCUCCAUUAUUGAACUGCUCGCUAAAACUUUCUUCUCCAAUUGUUUUUGUUGUACUUCCAUCAUCCUUAGCAAAAUAUCUCAUUGUGUAUUUAGCAGAGACCGUUUUACCGGAACCACUUUCAACAGAAACAAUAACGCUUUGAAGUCUUCGCUUCCUCAGUACCUGCGAAAACAUGUGGAUCGAGAUUACCCAAACUCUGACCAUUAUAGGUUCGUAUUAUAUCGAUAUAUUAUAUUUGUAACUUGGUAUAUGGAUUAAUUGCAACAACUACAUACCCACAAUAUGUAUAAAUUAAUUCUUGUGGGAAAAUAGUGUUCGUGAAGAGACGACAGGGCUGUUGAAUCGUUUUUACUCAAUAGUAUCAUGAGAUUUAUAAAAUAAGAAAGAUCUUUUUCAGUUUUUAUAGUCAAUUCUUUAGUUUAUUUGGUUACAGAAAGUACACAUCGAUUUUUUUGAAGGGCUAUAAUCUUCAAGUAACUUUGCUACUUCCUAUAUUUUCUCUGGGUGUGGAAUCCAUACCAAUAACUAAAAACCGAAAUCACAAACCACGUUCCGAACUUGUAACGAAUUUAACAGGUGGAUAUCGCGUGGUACAGACUCUUCUUGGACUGAAAACUGCAUGGAAAAGUUUAAGCAAUAGUUUAAUCAUCAAAUCCUAUCUAGUAGUGUUUUCUUUAAGAUCAAUUGUUUCGUUUUUGCUUUGUUUUCCCAUAUCUUCCGAUUCCCAACCAUCCACUGUCUCCCUUCUGCAAACCCUUAUCUGUACACUCUUCCAGCCUCUCCGUGGUCUUCCAUUUCUCCUUUUCUCUUGUUGUGUCCACUUUAUGAGCUUUUUUGGUAUUCCGUUUUCUGACAUUUUUUGUACAUGCCCAUAUCAGAAAUUUCGCUGCCAUAUGUUAUAAUACUUUUAAGGAUCGUGUGUUUAAUUUCUGUUCGGUCCUCCAGGUCCGUUGCUCCGAUGCACAUACAUUCAGUUUUUUAAAAUUUACUUUGAGACCCCAUUUCCUGUAAUCUUCUAUGAGUUCGAAUCAUGUAGCUUAAAUCUUUAUAAUCUUAGAGCUUGAAUAGCGUUGAUGAGAAACAAUAUCCUUGUUUAAACCUUUGUAAAUUCGUGCCCUUGUUUACUUUGUUUCACCAUACUACAUUCUGAAGACAUCCAAUGACCCUAUUCGCUCUCAUCUGUCCUCUUACUUCGUCUUAUACGUCUUCAUAAUUGGUUAUGUCAACUCGCAAGGUACAUAAAUUUUCUUCCCUUUUAUAGUCUUUUAAUUUGUAUCGAAAGGGCUCUUUUGAUGUUGUCAUUAGCCACAUUUCACCACAUCUAAAUGUGGACAAUAGCUCUAGAAGGUUUUUCCACUUUCAGACAUUUAUCUUUUUAUCUAAGCUUUUGGUAUAAAUUAAUUUUUGCAUCCUGCAUGAACUACAAGUAACCACUGCCUUCUCCACACUUGUUUCGUAGCCCUUCGUCACGUUUUUGUUUUAUUCUUCGUAAAAACAUUGCCGUCCAUCAGAAACUUGCAGAUUGUUUUUAUUUUGUUCCAUAGAAAACUGAUAUUUAUUCUUAGUCUUCAUUAAGCUUUUGCUAUAAGCGUUAACAUAUACUUUUUUUGACGUUUUAAGUUUAUUGUGUUUUUAUGGAAUAAUGCAACUUCACUCUUUUUAAUAGUUUUGCCUUGAUACUAUUUUUCACUGUAUCCUGGUUAAUACCAGCCAAUUGCGCAACCCUUUUCUGCAUUUUUAACUUAACAUUUCAUCACGUUGUGCUUCAAAUAUCAUAAAUUUAAAUACACUAUGCACUAAUUCACGACGUUAUGUAUUUAAAAUUUAUACUGUUUACAAAGGGUAGCUGCUACAAUUGUAGUCACGCAUGAUCAACGCUCAGAGACGAAAUAAAAUUAGACAAGGUGUAACUAGCAACAAUGAGUUACUUGUUAUAUUUUACCAAUUUUUAGUAUAGGGAAGGUUUAUAUAUAUUUUUUCAAUAAAUAUUUUCUCUUUGUUUUUAAAACAACUAGUAAAGUAAGAAUGAGUUACCUAAUUGUCGAGAUAAAUAUAUUGUAUGUAUAUUUUGUAAUAGACUGUUUUUUAAAUAAUGUUACUACAUAAAUAAGGAACAUUAAGCUGGAAAUGUUUUUUAGUGUCCCACUAAUAAUUGUUCAUGUUUUUUUGUAAUGUAUUUUUUUUGUAUUUCGUUAAAAUUUUCGUCAAGAUGUUUCUUAUUUUUGUUUACAAGAGACUGUCUGAAUUUUUUUUGUUAAUAAAUAAAUCAUAUCCCAUA